AUGCAGAGCAUCAUUGAUGCCUUGAGCGCCGGCCACGACGACAAUGGCGGCCAGAUCUAUAAUAUUGCAAAGAGGGAAAUCAAAGGCACCGUGGUGCUGAUGAAGAAGAACGUGCUGGAGUUCAAUGACUUCAACGCUUCGAUCGUCGACCGUUUCGACGAGCUCUUAGGGCGGGGAGUUUCCCUGCAACUCAUCAGCUCCGUUCAUUGCGAUCCUCAGAAUGGCAACAAGGGCAAGCUUGGGAAGGCAGCAUACUUGGAGAACUGGAUCCCGACAAUCGCUCCAUUAAAAACCGGCGAAACAGCCUAUGACGUCAGCUUCGAGUGGGAAGAAGAAGAGAUCGGGGUUCCAGGAGGGUUUGUAAUCAAGAACAAUCACCACUACGACUUCUUCUUAAAGUCUCUCACGCUCGAAGAUGUUCCUGGGGAUGGCAGGAUCCACUUCCCAUGCAACUCCUGGGUUUACCCUGCCCAGCGCUAUACCAAAGAUCGAGUUUUCUUCACUAACAAGUCGUAUCUGCCACAUGAGAUGCCAUUGCCAUUGGUGAAGUACAGAGAAGAAGAGCUGGUUGCUUUGAGAGGAAAUGGACAAGGGGAGCUCCAAGAAUGGGACAGAGUGUAUGAUUAUGCUUGCUACAAUGAUUUAUGGGAUCCUGAUGAUGGCGAUGCAGACAAUGCCAGACCAACUCUGGGAGGAUCGGCUGAGUACCCUUAUCCUCGUAGGGGAAGGACUGGCAGGCCGCCAUCCAAAUCAGAUCCCAAGGUAGAGAGUAGGCUACCACUAUUGAUGAGUCUAGACAUAUACGUCCCAAGAGACGAGAGAUUUGGUCACCUGAAGAUGUCCGAUUUCCUUCUGAACGGGCUCAAAGCCAUCGUUCAAAUUGUGAAGCCUGAACUGGAGGCUCUGUGUUCUGAGGAUGGCAAUGAAUUCGAUUCCUUCGAUGAUGCUUUGAAGCUAUACGAUGGAGGGGUGAAGCUCAAUCGUGGUCCCACACUCGAUAACCUCUGGAAGGAUAUUCCUUUAGAUAUCAUCAACCUGAUUUUCCAUACUGAUGGGGAAAGGAUUCUGAAAUACCCUUGGCCAGAAGUGAUCAAAGAGAGUAGGACUGCUUGGAGAACUGAUGAAGAAUUUGCGAGGGAAAUGCUGGCUGGGCUUAAUCCUGUUGUCAUUAGUAUUCUUCAAGAGUUUCCACCGAGGAGCAAGCUGGAUGCUAAAGUCUAUGGCAAUCAGGACAGUUCGAUUAGUGACGAACACAUAAGGCAUCACCUGAAUGGAUUGACUGUAGCUGAGGCAAUCAAGACCAACAAGCUAUUCAUACUAGAUCACCACGACACAAUAAUGCCAUACCUACGGAGGAUUAACCACAACACCACCUCCAAAGCCUAUGCAACAAGAACAAUCCUAUACCUGCAAAAUGAUGACACAUUGAAGCCACUGGCGAUCGAAUUGAGCUUGCCACAUCCCGACGGAGACCAGUUCGGAGCCAUUAACAAAGUCUACACUCCACCACCUGCAGAUCAUAAGGAGGAGGGCAGCCUCGAAGAAAUCAUUUGGCAGUUGGCCAAAGCAUAUGUAGCAGUAAACGAUUCCGGCUACCACGAGCUCAUCAGUCACUUCUUGCACACUCAUGCCGUGAUCGAGCCGUUUGUCAUUGCCACAAACAGGCAGCUCAGCGUAGUUCACCCGAUCUUCAAGCUUCUCCACCCUCAUUUUCGAGAUACCAUGAACAUAAACGCGCUUGGGAGACAGGUCCUCAUCAAUGGCGGAGGACUGAUGGAGUUCACGCUCUACCCUGCCAAGUACUGCAUGGAAUUCUCUUCGUCGCUGUAUAAACACUGGAAUUUCACUGAGCAAGCCCUCCCUCAGGAUCUCAAAAAGAGGGGAAUGGCGGUUCCUGACCCAGUGUCCAAACACGGUCUCCGACUUCUUAUCAAAGACUACCCAUACGCCGUCGACGGGCUCGACAUCUGGUCAGCGAUCAGAAACUGGGUAGCCAAUUACACAUCAUUGUACUACAAAACCGACGAUGCGAUUCGGAGUGAUGUCGAGCUCCAAACGUGGUGGAAAGAACUCGUGGAGGUCGGCCAUGCGGACAAGAGAGACGAGCCCUGGUGGCCCAAGAUGCGUAAUCGAGACGAACUCAUCGAAUCGUGCACGACUGUGAUCUGGAUCGCGUCGGCGCUCCAUGCAGCCACCAAUUUUGGGCAGUACACUUAUGCCGGCUACAUGCCGAAUCGCCCCACCAUCAGCCGGCGGUUCAUGCCGGAGGAAGGAACGCUGGAAUUUGAGGAGAUGCGGGAGAACCCAGAUAGGGCUUUCUUCAGGACGAUCACGGCGAGGCUCCAGACGCUUUUGGGGAUCUCGCUGAUUGAACUUCUAUCGACGCAUUCUUCAGAUGAGUUUUACCUAGGUCAGCGGGACACGGCGGGGUGGACGGCAGAAUUGGAGGCGGCGGCGGCAUUCGAGAGGUUUGGGAAGGAAUUGACGGAGGUUGAGGAGAGGAUUGUGGAGAGGAACGGAGAGGAGAAUCUGAGGAAUCGGUAUGGAGCAGUAAAGAUACCAUACACUCUGUUGUUUCCGACCAGCGAGGUUGGCCGGACCGGCAAGGGGAUUCCGAAUAGUAUUACUAUUUAA